AACGCACGUGAAUUGUGUUUAUAUAUCCUGUAUUAUAUUGAUGAAUUCGUUCAGAAAAUUUCUUAAAAAAUGAGUGAAUUUAUUGAAAAACGACGCGAAUCGUCCAUUAAGGAGUAUGAGUUUAUGAAACAUUUGAAACUGUUCACGAAUGACGAAAUUCGUGACAUAAAAAAUAAGCGCUUCCAACAUGAACAUCGGAUUGAACGUCGUGCUAAAGAACUAGCUAACUACAUCAAUUACAUUGUGUACGAAAGUAAUUUGUUGGAAUUACUCCGAGAACGUAGGGCGAAAUUACGUGUACAAGAUGGUAAGCACAGUUUGGAGAGCAGUAUAAAAAUACGAAUCAAAGUCCUGUACAAGCAAGCAAUGGAGCGGUUCCCAGCGGAGUAUUGUCUAUGGAUACAUUACUUUAAGUACUGUGGUAAGAACAAGCUUACAUCGGAGGUAUCGAGAUCGUUGGAUAGGAUGUUAAACUACCAUGGCGAUAAACCAAAAGCGUGGAUUACCGCCGCCACUUGGGAGCACGAAAAGAUGAAAAAUUUGGACAAAGCUAAGCAUUUCAUGUUUCGGGGUUUGCAAAGGCACCCGGACAGCAGAGAGAUGUAUCUUCGCUUUCUGGAACUAAUGAUCAAGGAAGCAGAAAACAUCAUACAAAAUGAGCAGGGUGUAGAAAACCAGGAACAGGAUGGUUCAUCAUUGGAUCGUACUUUGAAGUGCAUCCAAUUGAUUUAUAAGCACUAUGAGAAGAAAGUUACUGAUUUGGACUUUUUUGUGGAGUUACUGAAUAGCUUAAAGAAAACCAAUGUGACGAAAAUUUUCGCGUUUGAGGUUUUGGAGGAUAUGAGAAAGAUAUUUGCCGACAGAGAAUUCAUGUGGCAUACGUUAGCUCAGUUAGCUUUGGAAGGAUCCUAUCUGAUGAUAGAAAAGGAUAGUCAUGAACAAGAAUCUGCUUUUAAAUUGUGUCUUCAGCAGUGUAUUCAAAUUUAUGAGUCUGCCAUCGAGGCGGUUCCAACGAAGCAAAUGUGGAGUUAUUACGUAGACACAGUUUUAAACCUGAAUGCAGAUAUGUCCAGCUACCCGAAAUUUCGUCGCAAAGCAUUAGGAGAAGCAUUCAAAAAGGCAUAUGACACAGGUUUUCUCGAAGAAGAUAAGUACGUACAAUACGUUAAACUGUUAAUGCAUGCGGAUGGUAGUCUGACUUCGUUUGUAAACGACGUAUUGAGUAAAGCUCUUGAAGCCUAUCCCAGUUCCAGUAAACUUUUGGAGUUACAACUAACAUAUUUAGUUCGCUAUGGUUCAACAACUGAAGAAUUUGAUGAUGCAUUUAAACAAACUAUCAAGAAAUGUCCUGAUAGUCUGCCACUUUGGAUUGUUCGUUCACAAUUUUACCACACUCAAACGGAAGCCCCAAAUAAAUUGGAGCAGGUCUUUAGGGAGGCCAUUCGACAACCAACGACAAUCUCUACUCAUUUCCAACCACUCUUUCUUAAUUAUUUGGUGGUAACAAAAAACAUCGAUGCAGCUCGUAAGGAGUAUCGCGAGAUGCUGAGAAAUUGUGUUCCUUGCUUAGAAUUGCAUCGCAAAAUGAUUGAAUUAGAGUCCAUCCAAAUGCAACCCAAUUUGAAUCAGUUGCGAAUGGUCCACGAAAAUGCUACACAAUAUUUUGGACAAUCGAAUGCGGAUGUGUGGAUCGAUUAUAUCCGGUUUGAACGAGAACACGGCUCUCCUAAAAAUAUGCAGAUUAUUUUCGAAAGAGCAAAAUCACGUGUAGAGGACACUGUGGUAGCUAGUUUGAUUGCCAAGUACGAAGUAGUAAAAAAUCCGUCAAUGUAAUUUAACAACGAAAAGUUUAUAUUUUUUCGAAAUAAAUUUUUGUUAUACAAACAA